UCAAACUCUCUCGAAAUUGAACGACGACUUCACUUCUAUAUGUCGUCCCCGGGACAGAUGAAUGGGGUCUCGCCUCCUCUAGCAGCGAUACAGAGUUCGCAGGUGGUCACUAAACGAAUGGUGGAGGCCGACCGUGAAGAACAGGCGUCGAAUAAUUGGAAAUUUGCUGCGAUGGUGGUUGAUCGACUGUGUCUCUACAUCUUCACAAUGUUCUUACUGGCCUCGACUGUGGGCAUCUUCUCGUCUGCCCCUUAUCUCGUUGCCUAA